AUGGAAGGCAUUUUCGACACCGAAAACAUGGCCGACAACGAGCAACCCAACGAUUCCCCUCUCUUCACCAAGAUCCCAGCGGAGCUUCGCCUCCAGAUCUACAAUGAGAUAUUCGAAGGUUCCAGAACAACAUACAGGCAAAGCCUUGUGAUGGGGCACCGCACGUACCGCAACAUCUUGUGGCCUACUGACCACCGCAACUUCCUGCUCACCUGCCGCCAGGCCUACAACGAAGCCCUAGAGACCUACUGGAGCAAGGCAAUACUCUACGGUGACCAUGGCGACAAGGAGCUUGUCUUCUCCUUACAGUCAGUGGUGCCUGGUUUCGCCAAGCUGCACAUCAAGCACAUCCGAGGUCUCUGCGCCCUCGAUGUGUGGGAGCAUCCUGUGCGGGGAUGCCUGCAUGAGUUCCGAGGCCUGCAAACCGUUGCUUUCGAAUAUAGGAUGAUCUGUAAUGUGACAGGUCUGGAUAAUCCUCCUACGAUUCAAGAACAGGUCGACGAAGAUUUCAAGGAUGACCACUGGAGAUUCAACAAGCUCAUCUAUGACGGAGGCCCAGCAGUGACCUGCCGUGUAUUCUUCAGCCGUGCUGUCUUCGAAGGAGACUUGUUUGUUGAAGGAGAAUUUGAAAAAGAUCGCAGGGUCUUCUUCUACAACUGCAGCACGGGAAAGAGCUUCUGCGCCGAUCAUCCUAAUAAGAUCGACGACGAGGAGGCGUUUCUCGCCAUGGUCCUUGGGAACCAAGCACCUGCAGAAAAGGCACGCCAGGAGAUUUGA